UUUACGCGGCCGACGCGGCAGCUUGUCUUCGCUGUUGCGCGCCGGACGCGCUUUAUUUCUUUUUUUUUCACUUUUCCCACGAGAGUGAUGGUGAGACUGUGUGCUUCGUGAUCGAUCAUUUGGAUAAAAGGCCGGAUCAUUUAUCUGUCGGCGGCGACGACGAGGACGACGAGGACGACGAUGUGGACGAUAAUCUGUCUGCUGUGCGCACUGACGCUGCCGAUACAAGGCGAGCCGAUUCCGUCGAGACGGCGCGUUUGCGUGAUCGGCGCCGGUGCCGGUGGGCUGGAGUCGGCCAAGCAGGUCGCCGAGAGAAUCGACCAGUUCGAGCCCGUCGUCUUCGAGAAAAACUCGGACGUCGGCGGCUUGUGGAUUUACACCGACAGCGAGGACUACGACGAGCAUGGACUACCCGUGCACAGCAGUGUCUACAAGAAUCUCAGGGUGAACCUGCCGAAAGACCUAAUGGCGCUGCCGGACUAUCAGCGAUUCGCGGCCAAUCGCAGCUGCGUCGCCCACGAGAAGGUUCACGAGUACUUGAGAAACUUUACCGAUCACUUUAAUCUACGGCAGUUCAUCAGAUUCAACACGUUGGUGGAAAAAGUCAAACCGCUCGUCGAGGAGGCCGACGACGAUCGCAGCGGCGACUUCGACUGGCGCUCGACCAGGUGGCUUAUUCGCGCGCGCAAUCUGAAUACGAACAAGAGCGACGAGACCGUCUGCGACUCGGUCAUGAUAGCCAAUGGUCACUACGCCAAGCCGUACGUGCCACUGAUCCCCGGCAUGGAGAGUUUCCCGGGCAAAAUAAUGCACAGCCACACCUAUCGGAGACCCGAAAAAUUCGCCGGUCAGACCGUGCUGCUGCUCGGCGCUGCGUCCUCGGGCAAGGAUUUGGCGCUCGAGCUGAGCUCUCACGCCGAGACCAUUUACCUCAGUCACAAUAAGAAGAGGCUCCAAGGACUACCGGCCAACGUGAUCCAGGUGCCGGGAGUGGUGGUGGUGGCCAACGACAGCGAGCUCGUGCUCAAGGACGGCUCGAGGGUCAACGCCGACACGUUCAUCUACUGCACCGGCUACGCCUACGAGUUUCCGUUCCUCGACUCGAGCAGCGCGAUCACCGCCGAGGACAAGCGCGUGUACCCGCUCUACAAGCACAUGAUCAACGUCGAGCACCCGACCAUGGCGUUCAUCGGCUUGCCCUCCGGUGCCAUCACCUUCUCCAUUUUCAACGUGCAGGCCCAGUACUACCUCGCUCUGCUCCAAGGCAAGGCGGAGCUGCCGAGCCGCGAGCAGAUGCUGCGCGAGGCCGAGCUGCCGGCCGGCAAAUCCAAGAAUCUCGCGCACUUCCUCGGCCCGGCCCAGUGGACGUACUUCUCCGACUUGGCGAGAGCCGGCGGCUUCGACGAUCUGCCCCAGUUUUACCGGCUAGGCUUCACGCUGUGGGACGCUUACCGCAACGUCUACCUGACGACCUUCAAGGACGCCGAUAUACGCAUCUACGCCGACAAUUACGUGGAGAUAGUGGAGCCCAACGGCAGGCGAAUCAUCUUGGGAUGAGCGGACGGAGGCACUGUACGCCCGGGUCUGUCUGCCCGUACGCGCGCACUGUGAUUUUUUUCUUUUUUUAAGAUUCCCGUUGUUCCGUCGCGUGUUUCUGCCUGUAUUUUUUUCACUCGUUGCGCGAUCCUCAUCGAGCAAUAAACGAAUUCACGAUCCUUGUUA